AGUGUCUGCUGAUCAAUUUUAACGUUUUGUGCUAACUUUUUAACAGAAAUCUUCUGAAUCGAAUUUACGAUGGGUAACGAAAGCUCACUGCCUAUGGAAUUAUGUUCAAAUUUUGAUGUGGACGAAAUUAGAAGAUUGGGAAAACGAUUUCGGAAAUUAGAUCUGGAUAACAGUGGUGCCUUGAGCAUUGAUGAGUUUAUGUCCCUGCCAGAAUUACAACAGAAUCCUCUGGUUCAACGUGUUAUUGAUAUAUUUGAUGCUGAUGGUAAUGGAGAAGUUGAUUUUAAAGAGUUUAUCCAUGGUGUUUCUCAAUUCAGUGUUAAGGGUGAUAAAGAAAGCAAAUUGCGAUUUGCCUUUAGAAUUUAUGACAUGGAUAAUGAUGGUUUCAUAAGCAAUGGAGAGUUGUUCCAGGUAUUGAAAAUGAUGGUAGGCAAUAAUUUGAAAGAUACACAGCUUCAGCAAAUAGUUGAUAAAACAAUAUUAUUUGCCGACAAAGAUGAAGAUGGAAAAAUUAGUUUUGAAGAAUUCUGUUCUGUUGUUGGUAAUACAGAUAUUCAUAAGAAGAUGGUAGUUGAUGUUUAAACUAUCAAAGUCUGUAAGAAAAAAAGAUAUUAAGUAUCAGUAUAUGGUAAUAUCAAUUUAACUUUAAAAAUUCAUUACUAACAACAGAUUUAUUGGAUAGUUGUAACAAAGCUCUGUGUAGGUUGAAAUUAUGACCAUUACUAAUCUUUGAUCAAGCCAACUUUAUAGAUAAGUUUGUCACUGUUAAAGUUUUUUCUAUACUGCAAUAUCUAUUACAGUUUAUUAAUCACCAACUUUCUAACAUUGUG